AUGGACCUGAAGGGGCAGAUCGAUGGCCUGGCACGAGAAUACACAGCCAACGCGCGCACCUUGUCCUCAGAGCAGAAGCUCUCCCUGCUGCGCCAGAUCCAGCAGUCCUACAGCAAGUGCAAGGAGUUCGGGGACGACAAAGUUCAGCUGGCCAUGCAGACGUACGAGAUGGUGAGUUCACCCCCAGCCGCCGGCGCUGCCCCACGUGUUUUGAUUAGGAAACUGGCGUAGUUCUGAGCCCUGGUCCUGGUUCUGUAUCAUUUAAAAAUUGCUGGAACCCAUGAGCCUGACACAGCUGUGAACAAGGGCAAGAAGACGGAGUCUCGGGGGCCGAAGGAAAAGAAAGUGGCCCGGACGAGGUCGAAGGUCAAGAACUCGGACGACGACAGCAGCCCCAAGAAUGGCCAGAAGAAAGUCAAACUGAUCCACACGGGAGAAUACAGCACCCCCUCCGUGAAUUUUGGGAACGUUCACCCCUCUGAUGUACUGGACAUGCCUGUGGACCCCAACGAGCCCACGUACUGCCUCUGUCACCAGGUUUCAUACGGAGAAAUGAUCGGCUGUGACAACACCGACUGCUCCAUUGAGUGGUUCCACUUCGCCUGUGUGGGACUGACUACUAAACCCCGAGGAAAAUGGUACUGCCCCCGCUGCUCCCAGGAGCGAAAGAAGAAGUGAACAGGGAGAGAGGAUAGCAGAGGGCUGGAGGGGGGGAGGUGUUCUUGUUAGGUCAACUUCAUUUCUCUUAUUGCCCGGCAUUCGGUUCUGUGAUUUCCUUCCUGAUUCUCUCUUUUUCUGCUGUGUGGGAAUCCGGUCUUCUUUACGGUCUGCCUUUCAGUCCACUUCCCCCCCUGCCCCCCCCCCCGACCCAGCUUACAAAAAGAGAAAAUAUUUAAAAGGAAAGGGCAGCUAUAAUAAAACUAGGAUUCCACCCGACAGAAAAGAGGAGGGGAGAGGGGGGUCCAGUGUCCAGUCAGUCUCGGCUCCUCUGUUUUCAGAGACGGUGGAGGACAGGGACUGGCCUCCCCCUCUCUGAACCUGGUUGCUGGAGUUUGUGUUGAUCCGGAAGAGUCCAUCCCAGUAUGCCUCAGCGAACAAUCAAGGACAGCGGACUGCCCAGUGCGGCGGUUUACGUAGUGACAAAGUGGAAAAGUGACAUUUCUCAGCUUUUUAGAAAGCAGGAAAUAGCAAUAAUAGCAGAAGAGCCAAGCCGAUGACACAGCAUGCGCAGCGAGUCCCAGAAGUCAUCGUUUCCUCUGCGGAACCCAGUCCGUUCGCCCCCCAGCUCCCCUUCCGGUGACAGUGGGAAAGGUCCCAGCCCCAGCGUUUCUCCCUGGAUUUCUCAAUCCUUCAGAAAUCGCUCCUUAGAACAGUAUUUUAGAAACGCGAGGGGCGAUACAAAAGCACAUGGGUAAACGGGCAUAGUAUCGAUUUGAGUGUUUCUGCGUUUGAUCGCCCAUUGCCCUUUCAGGUCAGUUAGUUUACCAAUGUAAGUCGCUUUGGAGAUGUUUAAGGAUUUACAUGUUGGAAAGUUAAAGCCUAAAAAGAGAAACAGCAUUGCACUCACAGUUGUAAAUGGCCAGACAGAAAAGAGGUUUUCUUCUCAAUUGUAAAACCGUAGUUUUGCUGCUGCUGUAGUUCCAUACAGCUAAGGACGUUGUUCUCCGUGGUGCUUCUCGCAGAAGAGCGUGGCUUCUUCCGAAUACAGAGAGAAAGAAAGCCACAGGAAUGUCGACACAAAUUUUGGGAGUUUAAUUCUGCUGUGGAACUGUAGGAUUUAAGAUCGCUGGACUGGAAUUACUGUACUUCUGCAACCAGUUUGGACUGGCAUUACUGUAACAUGUAGCUACACUAGUUUUUGUUAUUUUACUGUAUUGUAGAAUUACUGUUUUCUUCCCUUACACUAUCAUAUUCCAAGUCUGGUCAUUUUUAAAUGCCUUUUCCCAAACAGCUGAAAUCUCAGUGCUGGAGAGCUGGGGCUAGACUGUCUUUUAAGAGAUGACUGUACGGACUGUAGCUUCCUGUCCCGUAACCCUCUUCUCUCUCCCCCUGUGUCACUCUGGUGAGCGGGGAUCUCCAGUCCUGGUGCUGGACAGCCACUACGUUUGUAUUUUGUUCCUGCUUUACUCUGAAUAACCCUAAAUCUGAUCGUUAUUGGUUGAUUGGACCACUUGAAAAGGUUUUCCCAGCUUGUCAAGUCCAGGUGCUCUGGAGAGAUUAGAUACCCUGCAGACACACCAGCCCCUGUAUAAGACACAAAAACUCGGUUCGGUGCAAGAAAUCAAGUCUAUUGGCCCCGUUUCUGAGAACGGUUUCUGUACUCUGGUCCAACUUGGAAUCAGGUUUAUUAGCAAUCGGUAGAGAGAAGUAUUUGCACCCUUUGUCUUAUUGGUGAUGUCAUUAGUUAUGAAAAGGAUUCUGGAAUAUGAUCCUAGGGGGUCCGUAGGAUUUCAUGUUAGGGUCUCUGUAUUAUCAGCAGCAGAAGACCAGUUGGGAAGGGAUAAGAUGGUUUCUCCAGGAAUCCCCAGUUCAGGAGGGCUGUUAAAUUGGUUCAGUUAUUAUAUUGGUGAGCUGAAUUAGAUUGUUGGGAGCCCAGGUGGACUGAAAACCUGUAGACUCACCAUCCCUCUGGAUAACAAUUGGCCAUGCCUACACUGGAGCAGUUUACAGCUGGAAGAGAUGGACAUUUUGCUGAAUUACUGAUCCCACGGCCUAGAGUCUGGGAGCUGUGCAUUACAGCAAUUCAGUGUCACCCGUGAAGGUGAAAAAGUGUCUGCAAGCUGAGUCACGUCGUCCGUAACACUUAGCUGUGAGCAACACUGCUGCAGAUGGCGAUAGAUAGUACCAGGGCUUACCAUCUGGGCCCAAGUACCCCACUCUGCUGGUAAGGGUUUAGAUACGCGCUGUUCAUAUAGUUACAGGACAAAUUAAAUUAUUAAAUAAAUGAUAGUUCCUGUCUGUUACUUGGUGCCUGUACAGUGGGCAGAUGUGUUCUGAAAUGUUACAUAUCUAAACAGCACCGUGGGGAAAGAUUCCUGAUGGACACCAUCAGGAGUGAGACAGGCAGAUGAAACUGACCACACUUGUCCCCUAGUGCACGCCUGCUGCUCCCUGCGGGGGCAUACUCAUCACUCCGCUGUUUUAAUAGGCCCAGUCCAAGUGCUCCAGAAAAACAGAAGUGUUACCUGAUUCCUGUUAAUUAGCUUCAGCAGUGAUUGUCUCGAGAGGCGCAGCUGGCCCAUUGUGAUUGGAGUUGUAACAAUUAGUAAUGUUAGUAAUAGUGAUGCAGGGAGCCCUGAGGGGGUGUCAUAUUGCACAGAAUUUCCAAGGCCUCUAGGACCACCAGCAGCGGUUCUGCAUCCUAUGAAGGAGGGCUGAACUGGACCGGUUAGCCAGUCCGAACCGUACUACAGGGUACAGGGGUUGGUCCUGGAGGGCUAGAAAAGCUGCAGGACCCGAGGAGCUGGGACAACCUGUUCAUUUUUUGCCAUUGAACCAGUGGCCUGCCGAUUUAGGUUUUAGAUCCAAGCUGGAAAGAAAACCUGCUUUCCAGGGCCAGGAACACACAGCCCUGCUCAAAGGAUGUGCCUGGGAGAUCCCCUACUCCAGGGACACAGAUCUCUGCAGUUCCACUUCAUUUGCCAAACUGCGACACAAACAGAGUGACCAGGGAGAGCACAGACCACAACCUGUCUUGCGUUGGAUUGUCCAGCAAGGAACAACAACAAUAAAAUAAUUGGUGCUGUGUGUCAUUAUUCCGGUUAUGAAUUACUAUAACGUGAGUGUUAAACCCCUAUUGCAGCAUUAAUCUAUUAAAGAAACAUAAAACUGGAAA